AUGGCGCGUGGUCCAGAAGUGAAGCGGAGACGAUUGAGUCCUCCAGCGGAUGUUGAGGACUCCUCGUCCCGCUCUAAAGCCGACCAAGAGUGGGAUGUUGAGCAAGACUACGAACGUCGCCCACGCAAAAACACCAAGAAAGCCGGCGAGAACGCAAGAUUGCCAAUCAAGACUUCUGAAGGCUUUGUCCAGGCUGAAGUUCGGCCUGAAGAUCAGGGCGAAGAGACCGACAGCUUCCUAGGUACCGAUGAUGAUGAGGAGGAUGGCUCUGGGGACGAGGAGGACGGAGAAGAAUCGGAGGAAGAAGCACCCAAGAUUCCGGUGAAAGCACAAAUCCUGCAGGCAAAGGAAGACCUAGCGAAAAUCGCAACUUUGAUCAACGAGGAUCCCGAGGAGAACAUCUCUCUGUUCAAGACAAUGGCUGAGAUGGUGUCGAAGAAAAACACACAUGUCACAGUUAAAAAACUGGCUUUGGCCUCACAGGCAGCCAUCUACAAGGAUGUCAUCCCUGGAUACCGCAUUCGUCCAUUGAGCGAAGAAGACCAGUCCGGUAGGGUAUCAAAAGAUGUGCGCAAGCUCCGAGAUUUCGAACAGUCCCUUGUGUCAGGAUAUCGAGCCUAUGUUCAGAAGCUUGCUAUGCUCGUCAAGCCAGCCAAGGGGGAUGCCCCCACAGAUGCUGGACUGAGGAGCUUCGCGAUUUCCAUGGCUUGCACUAUGCUCUUGGCCGUACCACACUUCAACUUCCGUAGCGAGCUUUUGAAGAUCUUGGUGAACCGUCUUGCACGGAGAAAUCUUGAUGCCGACUAUGUCAAGUGCCGCGAAACUAUGGAGCAGAUUUUCGCCAAAGAUGACGAUGGAACUGUUUCCCUCGAAGCUGUUCGUCUUCUCGCAAAGAUGUUGAAGGCCAGAGACUUCCACAUCCACCCCAGUGUCUUGGACACAUUCCUCCACCUUCGUUUGCUUGGUGAGUUCCACUUGAAGGCAUCUCGAGAUCGAGUGGAUCGGGAAGAAGAAGAGCCCUCCCAUGGAAAGAAGCCAAAGCAAAAGCGCGAAUUCCGCACGAAGCGAGAGCGCAAGAUUCAGAAGGAGCGGAAGGAAGUCGAAAAGGAUAUGUCACAAGCAGAGGCAGUGGUAUCGCACGAACAAAGAGACAAGAACCAGGCCGAAACACUAAAGCUUGUGUUCGGUCUCUAUUUCCGUAUUCUCAAGCUCCGCAUUCCCGCACUGAUGGGUCCUGUGCUUGAGGGUCUGGCGAAAUAUGCCCACCUUAUUAACCAGGACUUCUUCGGUGAUUUGCUCGAGGCUUUGAAAGACCUUAUUAACCACGCAGAGCGCGAGGAAAUGGGUGUGGAAGGCGACCAAGAGGUCGUCAAUGAGGAAGACGACGAAGACGAGGACCAUGUCACAAUUGCCGAAAGCGCAGCCCGGGACGCUCGCCGAAGGACGCUGCUCUGCACCGUUACCGCCUUUGCCUUGCUAGAAGGCCAAGAAGCCAGCAAAGCAGCCGCAGGUCUCCACCUCGACCUGAACUUCUUCAUCAAGCACCUCUACCGAUCCCUCUACUCCCUCUCUAUGAACCCAGAUGUCGAAUUCAACCCCGACACAGCCCUCCGCCUCCCCGACCCCAAUUCCUCCGAACAAGGCGACCAGCUUUCCCAGACCCGCUCCAAGAACAAGGUCAACUUCCAGACCCCGAUGGUCCUCCUCCUCCGCUGCUUGCAGCCGACUCUUUAUCCCGCGCACACGGCACCCCGCCUCCAAGCAGACUUGCCAUUGCCCGAGAAGUCUGCUCUUGCAACGCUUGCACUCAUGAACCAGGUCUCGAAAUAUCAUGGGCGUCGUAUCGCUUCGCUGUGGCACACCGAGGAGCGCAAGGGCGAUGGUGUGUUCAAUGCUUAUGCUGCUGAUGUUGAAGCUACCAAUGUCUUUGCGGGUACGGUGUGGGAGGGUGAAUUGUUACGUUUGCAUUACUGUCCACAGGUGCGAGAGGCGGCAGUGGAGAUUGAAAAGAUGAUGGUUUCCUCUAAGUAA